UAUCUUUUACACAGUCACUAAAACAUCCUCAGAUGAUACAAGCUGGAGUGGACUAUUUUUUUUCUUUCACUUCAAGCUCUGGGGUACAUGGGCUGAACGUGGAGUUUUGUUGCAUAGGUAUACAUGUGCCACGGUGGUUUGCUGCACCCAUCAACCCAUCAUUUAGGUUUUAAGCCCCACAUGGAUUAGGCAUUUGCCCUAAUGCUGUCUCUCCCCUUGUCCCCCACCUCCCGACAGGCCCCAGUGUGUGAUGUUAGUUUGCUGAGGAUGAUGACGUCCAGCUUCAUCCAUGUGGACUAUUUUUUCAUCAUAUUCGACCCUUCCCAGAUCACGGCUAGGGGGCCAAGUUGUGACAGGUGGAGCUGGACAAGGCUGGAUUAAACAUUAAUGCAGCUGCUGUCACCACUGCCCAGAGGACCAAGUUCGCAGAGCCAGGUUGCAGAGCUGCCUAGUGUCCUCAGGCUGCAGAAGUGGUGACCAGCAGACAUGGCUCAAUUUGUCCAGGUCCUGGCUGAAAUAGGUGACUUUGGUCGCUUCCAGAUAUGGCUCUGGAUCCUGCUGUGUAUUCCCAACUUCCUGAGUCCCUUCUACUUUUUUGCCCAUGUCUUUAUGGUCCUGGAUGAGCCCCACCACUGUGCAGUGGCCUGGGUGAAGAACCACACUUUCAACCUGAGUGCUGCUGAGCAGCUGGCACUGAGCGUGCCUCUGGAUGCUGCAGGCCGCCCGAAUCCCUGCCUCAUGUUCCGGCCACCCCCCGCCAAUGCCAGCCUGCAGGACAUCCUCAGUCACCGCUUCAAUGCUAUGCAGCCUUGUGAUCUGGGCUGGGAAUAUCCUGAGGACAGGCUCCCCUCCCUAAAGAAUGAGUUCGACCUGGUUUGUGAUCGGAAGCACCUGAAGGACACCUCGCAGUCAGUGUUCAUGGCCGGGCUCCUUGCUGGCAGCCUUGUGUUUGGGCCCCUCUGCGACCGGAUCGGCCGCAAGGCCACCAUCCUGGCGCAGCUGCUCCUCUUCUCUGCCGUCGGCCUGGCCACCGCCUUUGUGCCCAGCUUUGAGCUCUACAUAGCCCUGCGCUUUGCUGUGGCUAUCGCCGUCGCCGGGUUUACCUUCAGCAAUGUCACCCUGUUGACAGAGUGGGUGGGGCCCUCAUGGACGACGAAGGUCGUGGUCCUGUCCCACUGCAGCUUCUCCCUCGGGCAGAUGGUGCUUGCGGGACUGGCCUACUGUUUCCGCAGCUGGAGACUCCUCCAGGUGACUGGCACCGCGCCUGGUUUACUGCUCUUCUUCUACUUCUGGGUUCUGCCGGAAUCCGCACGGUGGCUCCUGACCCAGGGGAGGAUGGAUGAGGCGAAGCGGCUGAUCCAGAAGGCAGCCUCGGUCAAUAGGCGGAAACUCUCCCCAGAGCUCCUGAGCCAGCUGGUCCCAGAGAGUACAGGCCCCUCAGGGAAUGCCCUGGAUCUGUUCAGACAUCCCCAGCUCCGGAAGGUGACCCUGAUUCUCUUCUGUGUCUGGUUUGUGGACAGCGUGGGGUACUUCGGGCUGAGCCUCCAAGUGGGGGACUUUGGCCUGGACAUCUACCUGACACAGCUCAUCUUUGGAGCUGUUGAGGUGCCUGCUCGCUCUUCCAGCAUCUUCAUGAUGGAAAGGUUUGGCCGCAAGUGGAGCCAGCUGGGGACCUUGGUCUUGGGUGGCCUUAUGUGUAUCGUCAUCAUCUUCAUACCAGCAGAUCUGCCCGUGGUGGUCACCGUGCUGGCUGUGGUGGGGAAGAUGGCCACAUCUGCCGCCUUUACCGUCUCCUACGUGUACUCUGCUGAGCUCUUCCCCACCGUCCUCCGGCAGACAGGCAUGGGACUGGUAGGCAUCUUCUCCCGGAUUGGGGGCAUUAUCACACCACUAGUGAUCCUGCUGGGAGAGUACCACGCUGCCCUCCCCAUGCUCAUCUACGGCAGCCUCCCCAUCGUGGCUGGCCUGCUCUGUGCCCUGCUGCCAGAGACUCGUGGCCAGGCCCUGAAAGACACCAUCCAGGACCUGGAACUGGAGCCCCACCCACGGUCCCCCAGAUCGGCGCCCUCAGAGAAGGAAGCGGAAGCCACAGGAAGAACUUCCAGCCCGGGGGUGGCCUUUGUGAGAAGCACGUGCUUCUGAUUGAGGUCUCUAAGAGCUGGACCAUCAGCAGCAGGGAGCUGUCUAAACACCCCCUUGGAUAUGCCAGGACCCAUGAGGACAGCACAAGGCCAGCCUUGCUAUGGAGGCAGUACACCACAACCGGGCCCAUGACUGUCACCUACCACCGCCAAGCCCAGUCCUAGAAGUAUCUGGGACAGGACCUCCCCGCCUCCUUCCCCUUGCUCCUCUCCAGAGCCCCGCCAAGCCCAGUCCUAGAAGUAUCUGGGACAGGACCUCCCCGCCUCCUUCCCCUUGCUCCUCUCCAGAGCCCCCAGUGCCCUGCCUGGGAAGGAUCUUGGGUUUUACUUGUCCUCUAACAGUCUUCAUGGGGUAUGGCUCUCUCGAUCUCCUCAAUCUGGUGUCCCCUGCCCUCAAAACACAGUAAAGCUCAGAACGGAACACAAGGGAAGGCCAUUCAAGUUGUGGGAACAGGAGGGGAGAGAACACAAAUGUGAAGCUGUGGACUCUACCCAGGCAGGUGGGUGAAAAGGCUGUGGAUGGAGGGAAGGUUGUGGCUCCUUCUACGGAUGGACCAGAUCCCUCUGGCUAAGGUAUGGCCCCGUAGG